AUAUAUACUUUUUUAUGCAAUAUUAUUUUCUGUUUACAAUAAUAAGUUGAUGGUCUAUUUUCUUUGGAACGUAGUGACAACUUCUUAAAUACUCAAGCGAACCCUCGUGCUAAUGUUAUCAUUUAGAUAUUAGAAUAAUGAAUGCGUCUUCGCUAUCAGCCGUAUGCCGCGGUAGAAGAACCCCAUCUCCAGAUAUCCUUCGAAUAAGCAACGAAGAAGACGGCGAAAUUAAGGAAAUGAUAAGGAGAAAAUCUCAAGCAAAUGGUGCUUCAAAUCAAAAUAAUGAUCAUGAAGAUAUUACUAUUCGACCUACUGCGUUUGGUACUUUCUAUCUUGAAAAGGAGCAAAGUUUACGUUUUAGACUUCGAUAUUUCUUUAUGAAUCCAUGUCAAAAAUAUAGGGCAAAAGGCAUUGUACAAUGGAAAUUAUUCUUUCAAGUCUUAAAAAUUAUUCUUGUUACUAUUCAACUGGUACUUUUAGGAGUUAACGUUUCUGCCCAUGUAGAAUUUAUAGAAAGAACAAAUACGGCUUUUCAGCAUUUAUUCUUAAAAAAUUGGACUGCAUCAUUAGAGACUAUGCCAUAUCCUCCUACCGCAGGAUAUUUUUCAGUUUAUACUAAACCUGAAUUAUACGCCAGCAUUAAUUACGUUUUGGAGCGAUAUAAUAAUACAGAGGAAUUAGCCAUAGGUGUUUUUCAACUCUUCAGACAAGAUGAUAAUAGAAGAAAAAUCUAUCCCGUGGACAUGUACGUUACACGAUAUGAAAUGGGGAAAAUAUUUCCGAAUAAUCAAAGUUAUGAAUUCAAUAAUAGACGAAUUACUGAAAAAAUAGAAUUAGAUUGGAUAGAAGAAGGGGGAAAAAGGGUAUUUGAUGUUGAAAAAUUCCUCUCAAUGCAGAACAAGUCACUACACUUUGAUAGAGUAAUUUUAAUUAAACUUAAAUUCGCUUUAUGGACUGUACAUUUGAAAACGAAGAGUAAAUUCGAUACGCCUGAUUGUAUACGAUUUGACGUGCAAAUUUCUUACGACAAUGCAGGCCAUAACGGUCAAGUACAAAUUGAUUUAGAAUCAGAACUACAGAUAUUUGAUGACUGCAAAGGGAAAACCAUUUUUUCUGGUACAAAAAAUACAACUAUAGUAUUAUUGCCUUAA